AGCGCUCCGGCGGCGGGUGUCUGGUUUCCAGUUGCGCCCGCUGGGCUGGCUGGGGCUGGGCUAGCUUGGGUGCCGGUGGCUGGUAGGAGCAGGCGCCCGCUGAGCAACAGGAGCCCAAAGAAAGAGGGAGAAACAGCAGCAGAGAGAACGCCGGGCGAGAGAGGCCGGGAGCGAGGAAGGGUCCCUGAAGCCCGCGCCCUCCCCUGGGGCCAGGUGCUGCGGGCUCUCUGCGUGGGCAUGAUCGGCGGGCAAGCUUGCAAGCCUCUUAUGUAAGGAGCUGAAGGGGAAAUGAAAUAUACAGGAUGAAAAGAUGGCAAUGUUGCCUCCCCCAGGACCUCAGAGCUUCGUCUACUUCACAAAACAGUCUCUUGCCCGCAUUGAACAACGUAUCGCUGAAGGAAAAACAAAGGAACCCAAAGAAGAAAAGAAAGAUGAUGAUGAAGAAGGCCCAAAGCCAAGCAGUGACUUGGAAGCUGGCAAACAGCUGCCCUUCAUCUACAGGGACAUCCCUCCAGGCAUGGUGUCAGAGCCCCUGGAAGACCUGGACCCCUAUUACGCAGACAAAAAAACUUUCAUAGUAUUGAACAAAGGGAAAGCAAUCUUCCGUUUCAAUGCCACACCUGCCUUGUACAUACUCUCUCCUUUCAGUCCUCUAAGAAGAAUAUCUAUUAAGAUUUUAGUACACUCCUUAUUCAGCAUGCUUAUCAUGUGCACUAUUCUGACGAACUGCAUAUUUAUGACCAUGAGUAACCCUCCAGAUUGGACCAAGAAUGUAGAGUACACUUUCACUGGAAUAUAUACUUUUGAAUCACUUGUAAAAAUCCUUGCAAGAGGCUUCUGUAUAGGAGAAUUCACUUUCCUUCGUGACCCAUGGAACUGGCUUGAUUUUGUCGUCAUUGUUUUUGCGUAUUUAACAGAAUUUGUAAACCUAGGCAAUGUUUCAGCUCUUCGAACUUUCAGAGUAUUGAGAGCUUUGAAAACUAUUUCUGUAAUCCCAGGCCUGAAGACUAUCGUGGGGGCUCUAAUCCAGUCGGUGAAGAAGCUCUCUGAUGUCAUGAUCCUGACCGUGUUCUGUCUGAGCGUCUUUGCGCUGAUCGGGCUGCAGCUCUUCAUGGGCAACCUGAAGCAUAAAUGUCUGCGGAAUCCACUUGAAAACAACGAAACAUUAGAAAGCAUAAUGGAUACCCUUGAAGAAGAAGACUUUAGAAAAUAUUUUUAUUACUUGGAGGGAUCCAAAGAUGCUCUCCUUUGUGGCUUCAGCACAGAUUCAGGUCAGUGUCCAGAAGGGUACAUUUGUGUGAAAGCUGGCAGAAACCCCGAUUAUGGCUAUACGAGCUUCGACACUUUCAGUUGGGCUUUCUUAGCCUUGUUUCGGCUAAUGACCCAGGAUUACUGGGAAAACCUUUACCAACAAACACUGCGUGCUGCUGGGAAAACCUACAUGAUCUUCUUUGUUGUGGUGAUCUUCCUGGGCUCCUUUUAUCUAAUAAACUUGAUCCUGGCUGUGGUGGCCAUGGCCUACGAAGAACAGAACCAGGCAAACAUCGAAGAAGCUAGGCAAAAAGAGUUAGAAUUUCAACAGAUGUUGGAUCGUCUUAAAAAAGAGCAAGAAGAAGCUGAGGCAAUAGCAAUGGCAGCAGCUGAAUAUACAAGCAUUGGGAGAAGCAGAAUUAUGGGCCUCUCCGAGAGUUCUUCUGAGACAUCCAAACUGAGCUCUAAAAGUGCUAAAGAAAGAAGAAACAGAAGAAGGAAAAAAAAUCAAAAGAAGCUCUCCAGUGGGGAAGAAAAGGGAGAUGAUGAGAAAUUGUCCAAAUCGGAGUCAGAGGAGAGUAUCAGGAGAAAAAGUUUCCACCUUGGCAUUGAAGGCCAUAGGCGAGCACACGAAAAGAGACUGUCUACCCCUAACCAGUCACCACUCAGCAUCCGUGGCUCCUUGUUUUCCGCAAGGCGCAGCAGCAGAACAAGUCUUUUUAGUUUCAAAGGUCGAGGAAAAGAUAUUGGAUCUGAGACUGAAUUUGCCGAUGAUGAGCACAGCAUUUUUGGAGACAAUGAGAGCAGGAGGGGCUCCCUGUUCGUGCCCCACAGACCUCGGGAGCGGCGCAGCAGUAACAUCAGUCAAGCCAGUAGGUCCCCCCCAAUGCUGCCGGUGAACGGGAAGAUGCACAGUGCCGUGGACUGCAAUGGUGUGGUCUCCCUGGUUGAUGGACCCUCAGCCCUCAUGCUCCCCAAUGGACAGCUUCUGCCAGAGGUGAUAAUAGAUAAGGCAACUUCUGAUGACAGCGGUACAACCAACCAAAUACACAAGAAAAGACGUUCCAGUUCUUAUCUUCUUUCUGAGGACAUGUUGAAUGAUCCCAAUCUCAGACAAAGAGCAAUGAGUAGAGCAAGCAUAUUAACGAACACUGUAGAAGAACUUGAAGAAUCCAGGCAAAAAUGUCCACCUUGGUGGUACAGAUUUGCACACACAUUCUUGAUCUGGAAUUGCUCUCCAUAUUGGAUAAAAUUCAAAAAGCUUAUCCAUUUUAUUGUAAUGGAUCCUUUUGUUGAUCUUGCUAUUACCAUUUGCAUAGUUUUAAACACAUUGUUUAUGGCUAUGGAGCACCACCCAAUGACUGAUGAAUUCAAAAAUGUGCUCACUGUGGGAAAUUUGGUCUUUACUGGGAUCUUUGCAGCUGAAAUGGUUUUAAAACUAAUUGCCAUGGAUCCAUAUGAGUAUUUCCAAGUAGGAUGGAAUAUUUUUGACAGCCUUAUUGUGACUUUAAGUUUAGUGGAACUUUUUCUAGCAGAUGUGGAAGGAUUGUCAGUUCUGCGAUCAUUCAGACUGCUCCGUGUUUUCAAGUUGGCAAAAUCUUGGCCAACACUGAACAUGCUGAUAAAGAUCAUUGGUAACUCAGUGGGGGCUCUGGGUAACCUCACCUUAGUGCUGGCGAUCAUCGUCUUCAUCUUUGCCGUGGUCGGCAUGCAGCUGUUUGGUAAGAGCUACAAAGAAUGUGUCUGCAAAAUCAACGAAGACUGUGAGCUCCCGCGCUGGCACAUGAAUGACUUCUUUCACUCCUUCUUGAUUGUGUUCCGCGUGCUCUGUGGAGAGUGGAUAGAGACCAUGUGGGACUGUAUGGAGGUCGCUGGUCAAGCCAUGUGCCUUAUUGUUUACAUGAUGGUCAUGGUGAUUGGAAACCUAGUGGUUCUGAACCUAUUUCUGGCUUUAUUAUUGAGCUCAUUUAGUUCAGACAAUCUUACAGCAAUUGAAGAAGACACUGAUACAAACAACCUCCAGAUUGCAGUGACCAGAAUUAAGAAGGGAAUAAAUUAUGUGAAACAAACCUUACGUGAAUUUAUUCUAAAAGCAUUUUCCAAAAAGCCAAAGAUUUCUAAAGAGAUAAGACGAGCAGAUCUAAAUAGUAAGAAGGAAAACUAUAUCUCUAAUCGCACACUUGCUGAAAUGAGCAAAGAUCACAACUUCCACAAGGACAAAGAUAAAACCGGUGGUUUUAGAAGCAGCGUGGACAAAUACUUGAUGGAAGAAAGUGAUUGUCAAUCAUUUAUUCAUAAUCCCAGCCUCACAGUGACAGUGCCAAUUGCACCUGGGGAAUCUGAUUUGGAAAAUAUGAAUACCGAGGAACUUAGCAGUGAUUCAGAGAGUGAAUACAGCAAAGGGAGACUGAACCAAUCGAGUUCCUCUGAGUGCAGCACAGUUGAUAACCCUCUGCCAGGAGAAGGAGAAGAAGCGGAGGCUGAACCUGUGAAUUCAGAUGAGCCAGAGGCCUGUUUUACAGAUGGUUGUGUACAGAGGUUCCCAUGCUGCCAAGUUAACAUAGAAUCAGAGAAAGGAAAAAUCUGGUGGAACAUCAGGAAAACCUGCUAUAGGAUCGUUGAACACAGUUGGUUUGAGAGCUUCAUUGUUCUCAUGAUCCUGCUCAGCAGUGGUGCUUUGGCUUUUGAAGAUAUAUAUAUUGAAAAGAAAAAGAACAUUAAGAUUAUCCUGGAGUAUGCUGACAAGAUAUUCACUUACGUCUUCAUUCUGGAAAUGCUUCUAAAAUGGGUGGCAUAUGGUUAUAAAACAUAUUUCACCAAUGCUUGGUGUUGGCUGGAUUUCUUAAUUGUUGAUGUUUCUCUGGUGACUUUAGUCGCAAACACUCUUGGCUACUCAGACCUUGGCCCCAUUAAAUCCCUCCGAACACUGAGAGCGUUAAGACCUCUAAGAGCUUUAUCUAGAUUUGAAGGAAUGAGGGUGGUCGUGAAUGCACUCAUCGGUGCAAUUCCUUCCAUCAUGAAUGUGCUACUUGUGUGUCUUAUAUUUUGGCUAAUAUUUAGCAUCAUGGGAGUAAAUUUGUUUGCUGGCAAGUUCUAUCAGUGUGUUAACACCACAGAUGGGUCUCGGUUUCUUACAAAUGAAGUUCAAAAUCGUUCCGACUGUUUUGCACUGAUGAAUGUUAGUCAAAAUGUGAGAUGGAAAAACCUGAAGGUGAACUUUGACAAUGUUGGACUUGGUUACCUGUCUCUGCUUCAAGUUGCAACAUUUAAGGGAUGGAUGGAUAUUAUGUAUGCAGCCGUUGAUUCUGUUAAUGUAGACAAGCAGCCCAUAUACGAAUACAGCCUCUACAUGUAUAUUUAUUUUGUCAUCUUUAUCAUCUUUGGGUCAUUCUUCACUUUGAACUUGUUCAUUGGUGUCAUCAUAGAUAAUUUCAACCAACAGAAAAAGAAGCUUGGAGGUCAAGACAUCUUUAUGACAGAAGAGCAGAAGAAAUACUAUAAUGCAAUGAAAAAGCUGGGAUCUAAGAAACCACAAAAACCAAUACCUCGGCCAGGGAACAAGUUCCAAGGAUGUAUAUUUGACCUCGUAACAAACCAAGCUUUUGAUAUCUCCAUCAUGGUUCUUAUCUGCCUAAACAUGGUCACCAUGAUGGUAGAAAAAGAGGGACAAAGUGACUACAUGACUGAUGUUUUAUAUUGGAUAAACGUGGUUUUUAUUAUCCUUUUCACUGGAGAAUGUGUGCUGAAACUGGUCUCCCUCAGACACUACUACUUCACUGUAGGAUGGAACAUUUUUGAUUUUGUGGUUGUGAUUCUCUCCAUUGUAGGUAUGUUUCUAGCUGAUUUGAUAGAAAAGUAUUUUGUGUCCCCUACCCUGUUCCGAGUGAUCCGUCUUGCCCGCAUUGGCCGAAUCCUCCGUCUGAUCAAAGGGGCCAAGGGGAUCCGCACGCUGCUCUUUGCUCUGAUGAUGUCCCUCCCUGCAUUGUUUAACAUCGGCCUCCUGCUCUUCCUGGUCAUGUUCAUCUACGCCAUCUUUGGAAUGUCCAACUUUGCCUAUGUUAAAAAGGAAGCUGGAAUUAAUGACAUGUUCAACUUCGAAACUUUUGGCAACAGCAUGAUCUGCCUGUUCCAAAUUACCACCUCUGCUGGCUGGGAUGGAUUGCUAGCACCUAUUCUCAACAGUGCACCACCCGAUUGUGACCCAAGAAAAGUUCAUCCUGGAAGUUCAGUUGAAGGAGACUGUGGGAACCCGUCAGUUGGGAUAUUCUAUUUUGUCAGUUACAUCAUCAUAUCAUUUCUGGUUGUGGUGAACAUGUACAUCGCUGUCAUCCUGGAGAACUUCAGUGUUGCUACUGAGGAAAGUACUGAGCCCCUGAGUGAGGAUGACUUUGAGAUGUUCUACGAGGUUUGGGAGAAGUUUGAUCCUGAUGCCACUCAGUUUAUAGAGUUCUCCAAGCUCUCUGAUUUUGCAGCUGCCCUGGAUCCUCCUCUUCUCAUAGCAAAACCAAACAAAGUCCAGCUCAUUGCCAUGGACCUGCCCAUGGUCAGUGGGGACCGGAUCCAUUGUCUUGACAUCUUAUUUGCCUUUACAAAGCGUGUUUUGGGUGAAAGUGGAGAGAUGGACUCUCUUCGUUCACAGAUGGAAGAAAGGUUCAUGUCUGCAAAUCCUUCUAAAGUGUCCUAUGAACCAAUCACAACUACACUAAAACGAAAACAAGAGGAUGUGUCUGCUACUGUCAUUCAGCGUGCUUACAGACGUUACCGCUUACGGCAAAAUGUCAAAAAUAUAUCAAGCAUAUAUAUAAAAGAUGGAGAAAGAGAUGAUGACUUGCCUAGUAAAAAAGAUAUGGUUUUUGAUAAUGUUAAUGAGAACUCAAGUACAGAAAAAACAGAUGCAACCCCAUCAACAGUCUCUCCCCCUUCAUAUGAUAGUGUAACAAAGCCAGACAAAGAGAAAUAUGAAAAAGACAAAACAGAAAAGGAAGACAAAGAGAAAGAUGGCAAGGAAAGCAAAAAAUAGAGCUUCAUUUUUGAUAUAUUGUUUACAGCCUGUGAAGGUGAUAUAUUUGUGUUAAUAAGACUCUUUUAAGGAGGUCUAUGCCAAAACUUUUUAUCAAAAUAUUCUCAAAGUCAGUGCAGUCGCUAGCUCUGAUUCCCUAAGGUAGGUGGGCAGCAUUAGCAGAUGGCUAUUUUUGCAUUGGUAAAAGUGACUUGAAUUCUAAGAAUAAGUCUAUAGGGAUUAUUGAUUAUAGCAAACAAAGGUGAUUUAAUUUUAUUUGCUUUUAAUCAAUCAAAACAGCAGGUAGAAAAUCUGCCUUGUCAUAUUUUCACAGGAUUGUAAACAUUCGUGUUUCCCAUGCAAAUACAAACAGGCACGCACACACACACACAAAUAUCUAUCAUUUGCAUAGCUACAAAAGUAUUUUGUCUUGGCUUUGCAAUGAAAUGCCCCAUUAGAAGGAAUGGACAUUAGUAAUGAAUGGUUAGUUAAAACAUCUUGUUAUUAGGGAACAAGAUUCUUUUAUCCAUGUACAGAGGUCAUUCUAUAUUUUGAGGUGCUUAAAUUUAUUCUAUAUUGCAUCAGAACCAGUUUAUACAUGCCUAUAAAAUGCCAUGGGAAAAUGUAUGUAGGUUAUUCAUUUCACCAAAUACUUUUCAUUCAUCCUGACUCAUAUACCACCCAGGAUAAGACUAACCUUUAGAGUAUUGUGCUUCGUAGCCUGCCUUUUUUUAUAUCCUUCUUUGUUCAUACAAUAACCACAGAACAUGAAAAAUUAUUUUAAGUACAUGUCCUCAAAAGAAAAAAAGUGAAGAUAAUUGAGAAAAGAAGCAACUGAAGAAAGCUUUAUUCACUAAUAUUUAUCAAAUCUACACUGUACCGUGCUGCCCCAAAACACCAAUAAUGACCCAACUCUUAAUCUCUUUUGUCACAAUUUUCUGCUUCCUCAUGCAGUAUUGUUUAGUCAUUCUUUAGCACUAAACAAAGUUGGUAUUUCCCUUCGAUGAAGUGCUUCCUGAGAUGCAGACAGCUAUUUGAUACCAUGGUACAUGUUUGAGCAGAUAACGACUUGGGCACAGUAUUUACUGCCUCACCUCCAAACCAUCCUAAAUGUGUAUGGCAAGAUUUUAAGUCACAAUUUAUGGCAAGCUUUCAACAGACUUGUGUUUCGUAUGAAUGAAAGAGCAUUCAACUGGGAUGCUUGCCACUUGCUUUCCUGUCACUAACCUACUAUCCUAAUUUGUGCUAGUAAUCCUUUUGGACCUCUAGUCUUUCAUCUAUAAAAUGAGAAGGAUGUCUCUUUCUCCUUCAAAUUUUAUAACUAUGAGAUAUAUUAUGUAUCAGUCAAUAAAGGACCCUGAGCUUAUAGUUUACCAAGCUCAUAUUCAUUUUGCUUUAGCUAUUGUCUUCCUACCAAGGUUUAUAAAUCUAGCUUUUAAAAAAAUCCUUGUUAAUUCUGGCUUGAAAAGAAAUGGCCGUGAUACAUUUUUUCAUGAGAUUAUCCCAGGAAUAUGAGAUCUUUCUUCUAUCAGGUUAUUCAUGCAUAGGCAAAAACUGAGUUACAGAAGUAGAAAGUAGUUUUAUUUAGAAGAUUUUGUGGGAGUUUUCAAAGUAAAUAUAUAGAACAUAUUUCAUUCAUUUGCUUUUUUAAAUUAAAAAGAACAGAAAUUAUAUUUCUAUAAUAAGUAUUUAAACAUAUUUUUUGUUGUUCUGGCUAGUUAAAAAUAAAGAAGAUUGAAACGUACCUAUAAGAUAAGAAGAAACAUACCUAUAAGAGUAAAGAAUGAGAGAUAGCAAGAGAGACUAAGAAACAAAGUUAUUGAGAUAGACAAAAACAAAUGAGACAUUUCCACAGAACUUCCUAUCUAGUACAUUUUAAAAUUGUGAUGCAUUUUAUAACAUUCAUGAAGGAGAUUAUCACUUCUAGACAUUUGUCUUAGGGUACAUAUGAAAUUAAAUCUAGGGCCAAAGAUUCUUUACAACUAUGUUCAAUCAUUCAUCUUAGGUUAUUUGAGCCUCUUUUUUAUUUAAUACAAAAGAUACCAUGCAGUGUUUUCUUAGACUAUGUAGAGCAUCGCAUCACAUACCUGCUAAGUCUACUGAAAAUAGGUUUUGACAAUUUAGUUAGGGAACCAUGCAAAAUAUAUUACAUUUGUAAGACUUUUUUAAUACAUUAAAUUAAGAUAUUAAUAUCACCUUAAAUUUGAAUUCAGUCUGUCCUCAUUAUUUUAAAUCCAUAUAAAUAUAACUGUAGUCUGCAUAUAUAAUAUAGUGUGAAAAGUGGACAGGUUAUGUGUCAUUUACUAUUGAUAUUUUUACAUUGCCUGAUUUCUAUGUAAAAAAAAAAUAUUGGCAACUGGUUCGUCAACACAAUUUCUUCUUAGCAUUUCAAAAAAAGAAAAAAUUACAAAGUCACUCUUCCUUCUAGUUCAUGCUGAACCUAUUCCAUGUUGAACAAUAUUUCUUUUUAAAUAUAACAUAGUUAGGUUUUGUAUAUAUAUGUUUUCCCAGGAAUGUCUGGUUGUGACUUUUUAUCAAUUAAAAACAAAAGUAAUUGUAACUAGGCACUCAUUUAGUACAGUGUAAGCUUGAAGGAAAAUGAGACUUCUUUUUUCAAGUAAGUUACUCUUUGGUACUGAAUAUGAGAUAUCACCCUCCAGAUGGCACUGUCAUAGUAAUACUUAAAUUACCUAAUCACUGAACUCAUUUCACCUCAUGAUAUAGAAUGGAAGUUACACUGUAAAAUUUAAAUCACAAUCAAAUUGAAGUGAACAGAUUUGAACACAAAUCCAUACAUACAAUUUGGAUAGAAGUGGGAGAAUCUCAUUUUACCUUUUUCACUGGUACAUAGUUUGCAAAAGAUCUACGUGACUUUGGGCUGUUUCUGAUUGUUGAUGCUCAACAAGGCUGAUCGUUGAAAACCUCAACCCAAGAUGUUCAGCAUGAUUUUAUAGAAUUUUGAUAGCUUUAUUAAAAAGAGGUAAGAUAAAAUGCAUAUGUAAAUAAAGCAGUUCUAAAUAGCAAUUUCAGAGAAAUGUUAAUGGAAAUAAUGAAAGGAGGGCCAGCUAAAUUAGAAUGGCCAAGUUACUGGCCUGGGUUAGGAGCUAUGUAUAAAGGCCACCAAUUUUUGAAAUAUCUGUAGUUUAUUAUGUUAUAUUCUUGAGGAAAACAAUCAAGAAUUGCUUCAAAAAGAAUGAAUAGCCAUGAACAUAAUAAUGCCGUUUACAUAGAAUUCUUUACAAAUUUCAUACAUCUAUGAAUGCUCAAAAUGUUUGAGUUUGUCAUAAAUGAUACUGUAGUUAAUACUUGAGACUUACACAUUGUAAUAGAAUCUAAAAAUAAAAGUCAUCCCAAAAAAUCA